AUGUCACAACCUCAAUCUCAACAGCACCUGCAAGCUCACCAGCCUGUACGCGAGCACUCUGUUGAGACUAUUCGUAGAAAUAGUGAAGUCAUGGGCAAUCUUCGUAAAUUGAUGGUGGCUAACCGCGGUGAAAUUGCUAUUCGUUGCUUCCGUACAGCACAUGAGCUAUCCAUGAGAACAGUGGCCAUUUUCUCCAAUGAAGAUAGAUUAUCUAUGCAUCGUUACAAGGCCGAUGAAUCUUAUCAAAUUGGCCAACUCGGCCAAUUCAGUCCUGUGGGUGCUUAUUUGGCUCAAGAUGAGAUAGUAAGAAUUGCAAAGGAGAGAAAUGUAUCCAUGAUUCAUCCUGGUUACGGCUUCCUGUCGGAAAAUGCUGAAUUUGCUCGUAAAGUUGAAGCUGCUGGCAUCACAUUUAUUGGUCCUUCUCCCGAAGUCAUUGACAGUUUGGGCGAUAAAACCAAAGCAAGAACUAUUGCCAUGAACUGUGAUGUGCCUGUGGUGCCUGGUACGCCCGGUCCUGUCAGCGAGUUCAACGAAGCCAGAGCCUUCAUCAAGGAGUACGGAUUUCCCAUUAUUAUCAAGGCUGCCAUGGGCGGUGGUGGUCGUGGCAUGCGUGUUGUUCGUGAUGAAGCGUCAUUAGAGGAUUCUUUCCACCGUGCCAAGUCUGAAGCACUCUCUGCCUUUGGUGAUGGUACCGUGUUCAUUGAGCGUUUCCUCGAUAAACCUCGCCAUAUCGAAGUCCAAUUGCUUGCUGAUCGUGCUGGUAAUGUUGUUCACUUGUUUGAACGUGAUUGCUCUGUUCAACGUCGUCAUCAAAAGGUGGUGGAGAUUGCUCCCGCCAAAAACCUGGAUAACAAGUGUCGCGAAGCCAUUCUCAAUGAUGCCAUCAAGAUUGCCAAGGCUGUCAAGUACAAGAAUGCAGGUACCGCUGAAUUCUUGGUCGAUGAUCAAAAUCGCCAUUAUUUCAUUGAAAUCAAUCCUCGUAUCCAAGUUGAGCACACCAUCACUGAAGAAAUCACUGGCAUUGAUAUUGUUGCCGCACAGAUCCAAAUUGCUGCUGGUGCAUUGCUGCCCCAACUCGGUUUAACGCAGCAACGUAUCCGUCAAAGAGGGUACGCCAUUCAAUGCCGUGUUACUACGGAGGACCCUGAAAAGGGAUUCCAGCCUGACACAGGAAAGAUCGAAGUCUAUCGUUCUUCAGGCGGUAAUGGUGUUCGUUUGGACGGUGGUGCGGGCUUUGCUGGUGCUGUUAUCACUCCUCACUACGACUCCUUACUUGUCAAGGUCACUUGUACUGGUUCUACUUAUGAAGUGGCUCGCAGAAAGGUUGUUCGCGCCCUGGUCGAGUUCCGUAUUCGUGGUGUCAAGACCAAUAUCCCCUUCUUACAACGUCUUGUCACUUAUCCUACUUUCAUGACCGGCAACUGCUGGACCACUUUUAUCGAUGACACGCCUGAUUUGUUUGAAUUGGUGCAAUAUCAAAACCGUGCUCAACGUAUGCUGGGCUAUCUAGGUGAUGUUAUCGUGAAUGGAUCUCAAGUGAAGGGCCAAGUAGGUGAGCCUACAUACAAACAUGAGAUUGAUGUCCCCGUCUUGGUGGAUGCUCAAGGAAACAACAUUAAUCCCACCACUGCUGCUCCUGAUGGCUGGCGUAAGGUACUGCUGGAUCAAGGCCCUGAGGGAUUUGCAAAGGCCGUUCGUGCUUAUCCUGGUGUCUUGAUUAUGGACACGACAUGGCGUGAUGCUCACCAGAGUUUGUUGGCCACGCGUGUCCGUACGAUUGAUUUAUUGCGUAUUGCUCAGACCACAGCUCAUGGUCUUUCCAACGCCUUCUCUCUAGAAUGCUGGGGUGGCGCUACAUUUGAUGUUUCUAUGCGUUUCCUUCACGAGGACCCUUGGGACCGUCUUAUGAAGUUGCGUAAGGCUGUGCCCAACAUUCCCUUCCAGAUGCUACUUCGUGGUGCCAAUGCGGUAGGCUAUACCUCUUAUCCUGACAAUGUCAUCUACGAGUUCUGUGACAAGGCUGUCAAGGCUGGUAUGGAUAUCUUCCGUGUCUUUGAUUCUCUUAAUUACGUUGAAAACAUGAAGCUCGGCAUUGAUGCUGUCAAGAAGGCUGGUGGUGUAGUAGAAGCUAGUAUCUGUUAUACUGGCGACGUAUCGGACAAGUCUCGCACAAAAUACACAUUGGAGUACUAUGUCGACUUGGCACAACAAUUGGUCAAUGAAGGCAUUCACAUCUUGGGUAUCAAGGACAUGGCUGGUUUAUUGAAGCCUGCUGCGGCUACCUUGUUGGUGGGCACAUUGCGCGAAAAGUUCCCUGACCUUCCUAUCCAUAUGCACACGCACGAUACUGCUGGCACUGGUGUGGCUUCCAUGAUGGCUGCUGCUGCUGCUGGCGCUGACAUUGUUGAUGCUGCUAUUGAUUCCAUGUCUGGCAUGACUUCUCAGCCUGCUAUGGGUGCUCUUGUUGCUGCUCUCGAGCAAACCAACAUGGGAACUGGUAUUAGCAUGAAGAAUGUGCAUUCUCUCAAUUCGUAUUGGGAACAAGCUCGUCUCUUGUACUCUUGCUUUGAGGCCAAUGUUAAAUCUGCCGAUUCCGGUGUCUAUGAUCAUGAAAUGCCUGGUGGCCAAUACACCAACCUGAUGUUCCAAGCUCAACAACUCGGCUUGGGCACGCAAUGGAUUCAAAUCAAGAAGGCCUAUGCUGAAGCCAACAAGCUUUGCGGUGAUCUUGUCAAAGUCACUCCUUCUUCCAAAGUGGUGGGUGAUUUGGCUCAAUUCAUGGUGUCCAAUGGCCUCAGUGGCGAAGAAGUGGAAGAGCGCGCUUCAUCUUUGUCUUUCCCUACAUCUGUUGUUGAGUUCUUCCAAGGCUAUUUGGGUCAACCUUAUGGUGGCUUCCCUGAGCCUCUUCGUUCGAACAUUAUUCGUGAUUUGCCCCCUAUCAAUGGUCGUCCUGGUGCCACUUUGCAGCCUCUGGAUCUUGGCCAACUCAAAGCUGAACUAACCGCCAAGUAUGGCAACAACAUUCGCGACUACGAUGUCAUCUCUGCUGCACUGUAUCCUCGUGUAUUUGCAGAUUACCGUGAAACUGUCAGCCAAUUUGGCGAUCUGUCUGUCAUCCCUACUCGCUACUUUUUGUCCAAGCCUGAGAUUGGAGAAGAGUUCCAAGUUGAGAUUGAAGAGGGCAAGACAUUGAUCAUCAAGCUGUUGGCUGUGGGCCCAUUGAAUGACACUGGUAAGCGUGAUGUCUAUUUUGAGUUAAAUGGUGAAGCCCGUGUUGUUGGUAUUGUAGACACUAAUGCUGCUGUCGAGGUUGUUACUCGCGAGAAGGCUAAUCCUGGCAAGCUUGGUGAUGUCGCUGCUCCUAUGUCUGGCGUCGUUAUUGAAGUUAAGGCAAAGGCAGGUCAGUUAAUCAAGGCCGGCGAUCAAAUUGCUGUAUUGAGUGCCAUGAAGAUGGAAACUGUGGUAACUGCUCCCAUCUCUGGUAGAAUCGACCGUGUUGUCGCUCAAACUGGCGAUUCAUUGAACUCUGGUGAUCUGGUCAUUCAAAUCGUUCAGGAAGAGUAG